AAGGUUGUCAUCGGCGAGGCAGUUCCAUGACUACCAUCGGAAUUGGAGGAUGUUGAAGCCACUCUACCCGGAAGAAGAGGCGACCGCCAUGCCCAUGCUCCAUGGGCAGAUGAUGCCGAUGGAUUACCCACACCACCGAUUCUUAAAACGAAAAAGGGGCCUCCUGAAAAGGAGAUCGAAAGGAGCAGGGGGGCGUUGGCACACGAACAAAUCACGCAGAAGUAGCAAUCUGCCCCUGCAUAAUAUGUGGGCUAAAAACUUCAAGCACAAGAGGGGAGAAACAAGGAGAACAACAGUGAACCAAGCCCACUCCUGCUAGCAGUUUUGCUCCAAAUUCGGGCAUCCGUAAUAAGAGCAUAAAAGAGAAACAAGCUAUGGUCAGCCAGCCAUGUGUGCUCGCAGCCCAUCAGAGUUCGAUCCUUGAAAGUCGUAAUUCGGUGUCUCACUUUGUAAAAAUUAUAUAUCUAUAUACUGUCGGACUGCAAUCGCGCAGCUCUUAUAGUUUAAAUUAAAAAAAAGAUGAUUUGGGGAUGAAAAUUUCGACAUACCGGGAGAAAUCAUACAUGGGAUUUUUAUUGAAAGGAAAAGAACAAACCUGGACCAACAUAGGCCAUGACGAACACAUGUGUCCAUCAAGAUACAUGGCACGGUAGGGACACAAACUAGAUCCCGCAUAUAUCCGUUUCUAGGAACAGCUCCAAAUUUUCAACUCAAACAUGGAAUUUUAUUGAAAGAAAAGAACAAAAGCUGGACCAACAUAGGCACAUGUGUCCGUCGAGAUACAUCACACGGUAGGGACAGAAACUAGAUCCCGCAUAUAUCAGCUUCUAGAACAACUUCCAAAUUUCCAAGUCAAAUUUUGAGCAAAGCUUUUGAACUAGCAAAUAAAUCGAGCGGAAUCCCACUUGCAUCUACCUACGCAGGGAGUUUCUUGUUUCUUCAAUUGUUGUUUUUCUUGAACUUGUUUGACAAUUGUUGUCUUUCUAGAACUGAGAAUUGUCUUUUUUGGAUCUCGAGAGAGGCACGUGUGAAAUGAGCCAGUCCAACCUGACAAUCAGCGCGAGACGUAGCAGCGGUGGAUCCCCGUCUCCCUGUCUUGGGAUGGGCAAUUCCGAUAUGCGAUGGUUACAUGCUUAUCGGUACGAACUUUGUUGCUACUACCGGUUCACCGGUUCUUAUCAAAACCUAGGGUUUUGAGGUUGAGAGCACAACCCCGUAUCUGCCGUCACGGGAGAUUUGCUUGCCCUGCCGCAAUCUUAGCAGCAUUUUUUUGUUUUGAGAACAGGAUGGUUGGUUUCCGCAAUUCGAUUAGAAAAAAGAGUAAACCAUAUUUAUAAUGGAGACCGAGCCUAAAAAACAUCCUAAUGGCAUUGGGAUUUAGGAGGAACCUUUGGUUCUCCUAGACGUAUACAUAAGUGUUUAAUAAUAUAUGAAUUCUCAACACUUUGGAUGUGCGACUCCGACUCAAGGUUUUUUUUUGAAACCUUUGAAGAUAGAAAAGUUCGUGCAGGUGGUACAAAUGGCAGUGUUGAUGUUCGAGUCUAAUUGCAUCUCUUUUUUCUAACAUAAUUUCAUGUUGCAAAAAGAUUGGAACCACAAAGAUGUUUUCGAAAGAUUUCAAUAUAAUUCUUAGUUAUAUAAUUUAUUUUGUAGCUUUUUAAUAUAUUGGGUUUACAAUCCAAAGCAUCGUAUGUUAUCGAGUUUGAAUAAAAAGUCAUGAGUGAUUUUUUUAAAAGAAAAAUUACCUCUUUCCUCUUCCGUGGAAAAAGAAAAGGGAACCUCCCUUCUCUUCUUCGUCCCAGAUCCGGUGUCCACUGGCGGCGGCAGGCAGCCAGUGAGCCGCCAUGGUGGGCGAAAAGCAUUGCACUGUCCUGGUACACUUUGACAAAGAAUGCCCCUCCGCGAUCAGAGAGAUCGAGGCUGACCUCGAGACAGACGCCGCCGCCGCCAAGAUCAGCGCCAUGAAGCGCGUCAUCGCCAUCGGCGAUGCCUUCUGCCUCGGCCACUUCUUCGACGCCGUCCGCUACAUCCUCCCCUCCGAAGACUACACGGUCCAGAAGCUCCUCCUCCUCUACCUGGAGAUGGUCUGGGACAACCGCGACCACGGCGGCGUCCUUCCGGUUCUCUCCCGUCACCUCGAGAAAAACCUGAACCACCCCAACGAGUACCUCCGGGGCAUCACGCUGCGCUUCCUCUGCCGCCUCAGAGACCCAGAUCUGCUCGAGCCCCUCGCGGCCUCCGUCCGCGAGAACCUCUCCCACCCGCACCACUUCGUCCGCCGCCACGCCUUCUCCGCGGUCUACGCCGUCUCCCGCCUCCUUCCCAGCGCCGGCCGGCACAUCCCCGACGCGGCCGGCCUCGCGGAGAGCGCGCUCGCCGCGGAGCAGGACGCGGCCGCGAGGAGGAAGGCGUUCAGUUUCCUCCGCACCUGCGAGCACGACCGCGCCGCCGCCUACCUGCUCGCCAACGCCGACCGCGUCUCCGAUUGGCCCGACCUCGUCCAGAUGCUGGCUGUCGAGCUCAUCCCCGCGGUGGUCUGGGACACGCCCGGCGGCGGCGGCGGCCUUCCUAGGUAUGCCAAGAUCAUCACGUCCCUCCUCUCCAGCCCCAGCAAUGCCGUCGUCUACGAGUGCGCCUGCGCGCUCAUGUGGUAUCCCUCUCCGCCUCUGCAAACCGCCGCCGCCAACGCCUUCUGCCAGCUGCUCGCUUCGCUGCACGACGACGAUUUGAAGCUCGCUGUCCUGGAUCGGCCACAGCUCUGCACCUCGCACCGUGAUGUGAUAAUCGUGGAUCCUGUCGUCGACGUGCUGCUGCGGACGGCCAUGGCCACCCCUUGCCCCAGUGUGGCUGUGAGGAUGAAGGUGCUCAGUUUGGUGCUCGAUUUGGUCACCCCGCGGAAAGUGGAGGAGUUUGUGUUGUACAUCAAGGAGGAAGUUGGUAAGACACAGCCAGGCGAGUACCGACCGAUGCUACUGCAUGCCAUGUACAAAUGUGCCAUGGAGCACCCACAUGUAGCUGGAAUGGUGGUGUCCUUCUUCAUGGACCUCCUUGGACUUCCUUGGAGAGGCUGGUUGAUAUGUUCUAUCGGAUGCUCCCUCCGUCCAUAUCAACUCACUCAAAUUUGUCCAAAUCUAUUACUAUAUAUAAAUUGGAGUUGGUGGUGAUGGGUGGGCGCCGUUAGUCCUCCUCUUUCCCACCUGCCGA